GCUGUCUCGCCGCCAUACCGCUACACCCGCCAUUUUGAUUUCUACUUUCGCGUGCAUUGCGUCACGGCGUUAGACUAUCAUAAGUGAAUUAAAUUAAGUGAAAAGACAUUUUAAAGUGUAGUAAACGCAACAUAUUUUAAAUCCCAGGAAAUCAUAUGCAUACCCAAGCCAUGAACCACUACGGUAAUCAAAGAGGUUUUGGAGGGCCGCCUCAGCCUCAGAGACAGGGCGGUCGCCGUGGAAGUAACAGAGGUGGAUUUAGAGGACCAACACGUUUUGAUCAAAAUAACCAAAACCAGAGGAAUCAAAAUCAGCAGCAAGGAGGUCAACGUCCCAAUAACGAGCCUAAGCCAGCUCCCCAAGCUGAAAAGCCCCAGCAGCAGCCGCAAGCUCAACAACAACAACGUCCGCAGCAGCAGCAACAACAACAGCAGCCAAGACCGCAGCAACAACAACAGCAACAGCAGCCAAGACCGCAGCAGACCCCAGCCCAGCCGGCACCGGCUGCCACACCGCAGAAGCAAGAUCCUCCUGCAGCAGCUCCACAGCAGCAGAAACCCAACACCACCCCCAACAAGCCUGCAGCUCAGGACAGUGUUGAUAAUGUGAUCGUCAUUGAUGAUCAGCCAUCAAAGCCAGCCAACCAAAAUCAGCAGAAGAACAUGAAUGGAAACUUUGGAGGCAACAAGCAAGGUGGCUGGCAGGGCGGAAACAAGCAAGGUGGCAACUUUAACCAAGGCGGCAACUUCCAACAUGGACCCAACCAGGGCCAGGGCGGGAAAUUUGGUGGCAAUAAGAAUUUCGGCCAGAACCAGGGCGGUCAAGGAGGACCUUUUGGACAGAACAAGGGAGGCCCUGGUGGCCCAGGUGGCCCAGCCCGGAAUCAGCAGAGGCAAAGCCGAGGGCCCAUGCUGGAUAGCCAGGGAAAGCCAGUACAGAGAGAGGAACAAAUGCUUGCCAAUAAGUUGAAGGAUCUGGUGGGACCACUGGUCGACUUGCCACCCCUAGACCAGGCUGAACUCAAAUUCAACGGCAGGAGCCGUCUGUACAUCGGCAACUUCACGUCAGAUAUGACCGAAGAAGAAAUACUCGGCCUGUUCGCUCCCUAUGGAGAGACUUCAGAAUUGUUCCUUAACAAGGAGAAAAACUUUGGAUUUAUUAAAAUGGACUACAGAGUAAACGCAGAGAAAGCCAAGCGCGAGUUGGACGGCAAAAUGCGCAACGGCCGAACAUUGAGAGUCAGAUUCGCGCCCCACAACAGCGCAGUGCGCGUCAAGAACCUGCCUCCCUUCGUGUCCAACGAGCUGCUGUACCGCGCGUUCGAGAUCUUCGGCAAGAUCGAGAGGGCCUACGUGAAGGUGGACGAGCGCGGGAAGUCCAUCGGAGAAGGCGUGGUGGAGUACGCCAGGAAGCCCAGCGCUUUGGCGGCUAUUCGCAACUGCACUGAGCGAUGCUUCUUCUUGACCUCGUCGCUCCGGCCAGUAAUUGUGGAAAGCUUUGAGGAGCCUGAUGAGUUUGAUGGCUACCCAGAGAAGAACUUGCCCAAGAAGCACCCUGAUUUCCUGCGCGCCCGUGAGUACGGGCCGCGCUUCUCCGAGGCCAACAGCUUCGAGCACGAGUACGGCACCAGGUGGAAGCAGCUGCACGAGCUGCACCGCCAGAAGGAGGAGGCCCUCAAGAAGGAGCUCGCCGCCGAGGAGGAGAAACUGGAGGCACAGAUGGAGUAUGCCAAAUACGAGCACGAGACGGAGCUGCUGCGCGAGCAGCUGCGGCAGCGCGAGCAGGACCGCGAGCGGCAGAAGCGCUCGUGGGAGCUGGCCGAGCGCGCCGCCGACGAGCGCCGCGAGCAGGAGCGCGCGCUGCUGCUGCGCCAGGAGGAGGACCUCACGCAGCGCAUGCGCCACCAGGACGACGAGCUGCGCCGCCGCCAGCAGGAGAACACGCUCUUCGUGCAGGCCCAGCGACUCAACUCCAUGUUAGAUCGCCAGGAGCAAGGCAUGUUCGACCAACAGCAGCCUAUGGAAGGAGGCUUCAGGGACGGAGGCUUCGACAUGCCCCCGCGCGGUUACGAUGACAUGCCGCAGGGCCGCGGCUGGGACAACCCGCGCCAAAUGGAUGAUUUCCCUAACAAACGCCGACGAUUCUAAACACGCUGCUGCUGACUUGCGUUGCGACACUGUUGCGGCCGCUUGACACUUAUAUUCAUCAUCAUUUACGGUUAAAUUAAAUAUAAAGCGACCAAACCUCAAAAUAUUUCCAAUAUAAUUCGUAGCUUAGAACUUACCUAAAAUUACUUUACUAAUCCCGGGAUAUGUUAAACCCGCUGCGUAUAUUUAAUUUAAUCGCAGAUUUUUAGUACACAGACAUCUGUGUCAUUAAUCUCUAAAAACUUAAGUAACUUGCGAUUAAAAGUUUUGAAUUGAAUGUAACUCGUAAGCGAAUUAUCGCGCGUUAGCAAUGCGAUAUAUUUUUUAUUUAGAAUGAAUGAAGGGUAUGAAUGCGAUACAUGUAUUGUAGAAUAAGAUAGAUCGUACUUUAGAAGCAUCUUAUGUAUUAAAUAAUGGAAUACUUAGACGUUUUGAGUUUCCGUUGCUGAAAUGCGACAUUACAUUAAAAUAUUCAGUAUUUUUCAUGAUAAAUGAUAACUUAGACACAGUGCAUUAGUAAAUGUGUCAUCGUAAGCUACGCGCUUACAGGUGAUCGUUUAGUUUGCUAACAUGAAGUCCUUUUUCUUGCGCAUCGUUUGUCCUCGAGAAUUUGUUUGUAUAAUGAUAUUUCUUUAAAUUGAAAAGGUCACAAAUGUCUUCAUACGUCGUAGCUAAAUAAUGCGGAAAUAUUAAUUAAUUGAAAAACAAAUAAACACUAUCCCAACACAAUACAAUUCCGUAUUGUCUGAAGAUAUAAAUACAUUAAAUACUAUAAAUUUGUGUUUUUUUUUUCUAUUUUCCGUUUUGCCACUAUUAUGAAUUCAGACAUCUAUUAUGCUUGGUUCCCACCAAAGUUUGUAAUAAAGCUAUAAAAAAGUACAAAUUGCAGGUGCGUGUGAUGUGACCUAUCAAUCAAAUUUAAUAUUCCCAAUUUUGUAAUAGUUUUAAACAUACCUUCUCAGACACUGCCUUUUCAUGCCAAAGCAUGAUUAAGUAGUUAAUUAUCUCUUUAAUUCAUAACUGUUAUGUUUUAUAUAAUAAAUAGUGCGGUUGCUAGACAAUUUGAAAAGUAGGUUUACUGGAUUGAGAGAUGUGACAGUGUGCGUGUGCUUUAAUUAGGUUACUAAAUAUAGAUAAUUUUAACCCUUUAUCGACUGCUAUUCGAGUUAAUUCAGGUUAGGUUUGUUUUAAGAUUUUAAUUUAAGUGUACUUUCUGAAAUAUGUAUCGAUAAAGGGUUAAAUCUUGACAUUGAUUAUUUAUGAAAAUUAAAUAAAAGUCUACUUUAUAAUAAAUUACCACUUAAAUAUCACGAA